AUGGGUGGAGCAGUGCCAGGAGAGCAUCCAGGAUCUGGAGGAGACAGAGGAGGUGCUGAAGACCAGGAGAACAUCCGAGUCCUAAAGGUGAAGGAGACAGAGGAGGUGAAGGAGACAGAAGAUGUGAAGGAGACAGAGGCGGUGAAGGAGACAGAAGAUGUGAAGGAGACAGAGGAGGUGAAGGAGAGAGAAGCGGUGAAGGAGACAGAAGAGGUGAAGGAGAGGGAGGAGGUGGUUGAGACAGAGGAGGUGAAGGAGACAAAAGAGGUGAAGGAGACAGAGGAGGUGAAGGAGACAGAGGCGGUGAAGGAGACAGAAGAUGUGAAGGAGACAGAGGUGGUGAAGGAGACAGAAGAGGUGAAGGAGAGAGAGGAGGUGGUUGAGACAGAGGAGGUGAAGGAGACAGAAGAUGUGAAGGAGACAGAGGCGGUGAAGGAGACAGAAGAUGUGAAGGAGACAGAGGAGGUGGUUGAGACAGAGGAGGUGAAGGAGACAGAAGAGGUGAAGGAGAGGGAGGAGGUGGUUGAGACAGAGGAGGUGAAGGAGACAAAAGAGGUGAAGGAGACAGAGGAGGUGAAGGAGACAGAGGCGGUGAAGGAGACAGAAGAUGUGAAGGAGACAGAAGAGGUGAAGGAGACAGAAGAUGUGAAGGAGACAGAGGUGGUGAAGGAGACAGAAGAGGUGAAGGAGAGAGAGGAGGUGGUUGAGACAGAGGAGGUGAAGGAGACAGAAGAGGUGAAGGAGAGGGAGGAGGUGGUUGAGACAGAGGAGGUGAAGGAGACAGAAGAGGUGAAGGAGAGGGAGGAGGUGAAGGAGACAGAGGUGGUGAAGGAGACAGAAGAGGUGAAGGAGACAGAAGAGGUGAAGGAGAGAGAGGAGGUGGUUGAGACAGAGGAGGUGAAGAAGACAGAAGAGGUGAAGGAGAGGGAGGAGGUGAAGGAGACAGAGGCGGUGAAGGAGACAGAAGAGGUGAAGGAGAGAGAGGAGGUGAAGGAGACAGAGGAGGUGAAGGAGACAGAGGCGGUGAAGGAGACAGAAGAGGUGAAGGAGACAGAAGAGGUGAAGGAGAGAGAGGAGGUGGUUGAGACAGAGGAGGUGAAGGAGACAGAAGAGGUGAAGGAGACAGAGGAGGUGGUUGAGACAGAGGAGGUGAAGGAGACAGAGGAGGUGAAGGAGACAGAGGCGGUGAAGGAGACAGAGGAGGUGAAGGAGACAGAGGAGGUGAAGGAGAGAGAAGCGGUGAAGGAGACAGAGGAGGUGGUGGAGACAGAGGAGGUGAAGGAGAUAGAGGAGGUGAAGGAGACAGAAGAGGUGAAGGAGACUGAAGUGGUGAAGGAGACAGAGGAGGUGAAGGAGACAGAGGAGGUGAAGGAGACGGAGGAGGUGAAGGAGGUGAAGGAGACAGAGGAGGUGAAGGAGACAGAGCGCUGCACAGAGAUGAGCCGACGCCUGCAGGUCUGUUCAUCUACAGACUGA